GGCAGCUCAACUAAAAAGUGAGCGAGGCACACAGUGAGAGACCUCGGCAGGGCUGCACAUUCAAAAUAGAGUCAGAGGGAGGGAAGAGAGAAGGGAGAGAGGAGAGAGAGAGAGAGAGAGAGAGAGAGAGUCAGGGACAGGCAGUGCUGUGAAGGAGAGCACAAAGAGAAGGAAAGUGGAGCAGGGGAGGGGAACAGGAGGCUGGGAGAAGGGAGAGGGAAAGACAAAAGAAGGAGAGAGGAGACAUCGCAGGGUGAACGGAGGGGACCGAGCAAAUGGCUACGGAGGAGACGGCGGGGGGAGCCAGGAAAGCCACCAAGAGCAAACUGUUUGAGUUCCUGGUCCAUGGAGUGCGUCCCGGCAUGCCGUCUGGAGCGAGGAUGCCCCACCAGGGAGCGCCCAUGGGCCCCCCCGGCCCACCGUACGGCGGGAGCCCCGCGGUGCGGCCCGGCCUGCCCUCCACCGUGAUGGAGCCCAGCCGCAAGAGGCCCGCCCCCUCGCAGCAGGGCCAGCAGCAGCAGCAGCAGCAGCAGGGGGUCCAGAGCCGGUCCAGAAAGAAGCCAGUCGGAUUCCCCGGAGCCAAUGAGAUGCCGGCGAGGCAGAUGGACAUGAGAGAGCCCCAAUCAGAUCCCACGCUCGGAUCAAAUGCUAAGAGAAGGAAAAUGGCAGACAAGAUUCUUCCGCAAAGGAUCCGCGAGCUGGUCCCGGAGUCUCAGGCCUACAUGGAUCUGCUGGCGUUUGAGCGCAAACUCGACCAGACCAUCAUGCGCAAACGCGUGGACAUCCAGGAAGCCCUGAAGAGACCGAUGAAGCAGCAGAAGCGUAAACUGAGGCUUUACAUAUCCAACACCUUCAACCCGGCGAGACCCGACGCCGACGACUCCGACGGCAGCAUUGCAUCGUGGGAACUGCGAGUGGAGGGGAAGUUGCUCGACGACCCGGGGAAGCAGAAGAAGAAGUUCUCCUCGUUUUUUAAGAGCCUGGUGAUUGAGCUGGACAAAGAACUCUACGGUCCCGACAACCACCUGGUUGAGUGGCACCGCACGCCCACCACUCAGGAGACGGACGGCUUCCAGGUGAAGAGGCCGGGCGACGUGAGCGUGCGCUGCACUCUGCUGCUGAUGCUGGACUACCAGCCUCCCCAGUUUAAACUGGACCCUCGCUUGGCUCGCCUGCUUGGCAUUCACACCCAGACUCGCUCCUGCAUCAUCCAGGCCCUCUGGCAGUACGUCAAGACCAACAAGCUGCAGGACUCCCAUGACAAGGAGUACAUCAACUGUGACAAGUACUUCCAGCAGAUCUUUGACUGCCCUCGGCUGAAGUUCUCUGAGAUCCCUCAGCGCCUCACCAACCUCCUCUUACCCCCCGACCCCAUCGUCAUCAACCACGUCAUCAGCGUGGACCCCAACGACCAGAAGAAGACGGCCUGCUACGACAUCGACGUGGAGGUGGAGGACCCCCUGAAGGGCCAGAUGAGCAGCUUCCUCCUCUCCACCGCCAACCAGCAGGAGAUCGCCUCCCUGGACAACAAGAUCCAUGAGACCAUCGAGUCCAUCAACCAGCUGAAGAUCCAGAGGGACUUCAUGCUCAGUUUCUCCAGAGAUCCCAAGGGCUACAUCCAGGACUGGCUCAAAUCCCAGAGCCGAGAUCUUAAGUUAAUGACAGACGUGGUCGGGAACCCCGAAGAGGAGAGGAGGGCGGCGUUCUACAACGAGCCCUGGUCCCAGGAGGCCGUCAGCCGCUAUUUCUACUGCAAGAUCCAGCAGAGGAGACAGGAGCUGGAACAGGCCUUAGCGGUGCGCAACACCUAAAUAAACAGAGGCCCUCCCCGAAGUGUUUGGACGUAUGCGAGACCAUCGCUGUAGUCUGGUGAAGCCUUAUGCCUCUAAAAAAAAAUGGCGUUGACCGUAUUAAAAAAAAAAAAAGGAAAAAAGAAAAGAUUCUUGACGAGAGAAAAUGCAAAAAUGUGAAAUUAGAGGAAGAGGAUUUUCUUCACGACUGAAGCCCCCGAUCCCCCCACGCACUCGCGCAGGACCGUCGGGACGUCAUCAUUAACCGCAUGUGUUCGGCUGCACCCUCCGAGGUCAAGACCCCGGGACCACGAGCGUCCUCACACUCUCAAAACCUCCUCUUCAUCGCGACUCUCUGCUCUUUGUAAAUAUCGUCACAAACACGUCAAGACAAACUCCGAACCGGCUGCUCACACGGUGCAGCUUUUUAUUUUUUUUUGGGAUGGGUUCUCAUCUCGAAAGAGUUCUUCUGUGUGAAACGUCACACUUCACAUGUCAUGUUUUACAACUCUGAAACUGAUUUAUUGUUAGAUUGUAAGUGUGACUGUGUUUUUUUUUUUUUUUGUUUCUUUCUUUUCUCAUCAGAAGAGUGUUUUUUUUUUUUUAAAGAUUGAUUUAAUUACACCAGCAAAGUCGAGAUUACGGUGUGACACAGGAAUCAGUUCUAUCUAUAACCCGGAGGUGUGGAUUUCAUUAAUUUUCAGAUUUUCUGUGAAUCAGUUCAAACCUCCGCUGUGUCUCAUUCUAGUGUUAACCACCAGUACGCAGUGUUAGACGAGUUAACUGCAGUAUUAUCACAUUAUUAUCACGACAAGAAUAGUGUUUUAAUGAAGGAGAAACAAGUAUUGAUCAUCAUAAUAAUAGCUUUUUUUUCUUCCCUUUUAAUCAUAGCAAAAUGACAAAUAUGCCUAGAUACAUGUUGGGACUUGUGGACUGAUUUGUUCUGUCAAAGUCGCUCACUGCCUCUUACUUGUGUAGUAUUUUGUGCGUUUAUGUCCUGAAGGUGUUACCAAAGGUUGCAACGAGAAGAAGAGAACAUGAUCACUGAAAUAGAAGUGGGCAACAAUCCGCACCUGGGGUUUACCGCAAAAUUGCAAAACAUUUCCUUGUAAGGUGGUCACACAAAAUCUGAACAAUCUGGGUAGUUUUUUUUUUUGUUUGCCUUUUCGUAGCCAAUUAGGCCUCAGGUUUUUGUAAACAAACUCUAAAACUGUUAUUGCAAUGAGCACUAAACCCCAGUCUGGAGGAUUUUGUCCAGUUCUACACUUUUUUUUUAGGUUACCUGAAGAAGAAAACUGUUUUUUUGGUUUUGUUUUUUAUUCUAGAGAUGUGAAUGUACAUAUGUUUGUUUUCCCUUAAGAGGGCCAACUGUACAGUAUAUGACAGACUA